GCGACACAGUCUCGCGUAUUUACCUACGCCAUUUCCCUCGGCGUCUUGCAGUUGUUUCCUUCGUUUAGUGGCCAAAAAUGGCCACUACCGAAUAUCAUCCAGGUCUUACAGCUUCUCCUAACGUUGCACCUUCUUCGGAAGCACUCGACCGUUUAAAAAGAAGACUUGAGGACUAUAGAAGACACGGUACAGCCAAACAUAACCAAUUCGAUAAUUGGUCGAAGACUCACUACAGUCAAGAACGGGAUCACACGUCUACGUUGCAUACUAAAUGGGUGGAUCAACGAAAUGCUGCUGCUCAGAGAAAGCCCGUACCAAGGAAAGAGCCUAAUAAUGAUCAAAGAGCUGUUUAUUUUAAUAAAUUGAAAAGAAAAUUAGAUAAUCAGAGCUCGACUCCAGGACAGCCUCAAGUCAAGUCUUCCAAUGUGCCAUCUUCAAAUGCUUCUUCCUCCGUUAGCGUCUCUGUUGUACAGCAAAUAAACCCUGGAGAGAAGAAUACAAUUGAAACUCGGUUAACAAUUCACACUGGUGAGAACGCUCCACCAGCGGGUUCACCAGCUUCGGCUCCACCAGUUCCUCCUACCUCUGAAUCUCCAAAAAAUUACGACAUCUGCGAGGGCUUAGAGGACCUGCAAGAACUUCAUGAACUCAUGAAAUCGUUACCGCCAGAUUUGCUAAACGAUUUUAACCCGGAUCCGGAAUCAUCCGGUCCCCCACCUCCUGCCUACCCUCACGAACAAACGUUCGAACCCAAUCCAACCCCCGUUUAUAGUUCUGCCAAUCAGACGAUGUUAACUACGUCGACGGACACCGGUCAAAUGUUACCGAAUCCUCCUCCAGGCCCGGCGGCUGAGACGCUGAAACAAUUAGCGGCACAACACCAUUGCAACGAGCCUCCGAUGGCACCGACACAUCACGAUCACCCAGCUUAUUCCCAACAUUCUUCCCCCCCGGCUCCUCCACCACCUCAUUAUUAUCAACAGCAGCAGCAACAGCAGCAGCAGCAGCAACAACAACAGCAGGCCCAACAGGCUUACGCAGCAGCCCCUCAACAAACGUAUUCAACGGCAGUUGCAGCCACUGCUCCUCAUCUAUCUCAAGAACAAGACAUACAACACAUGCAGACGCAUUCGCAUACGCAUUUGUCGACGUCACAACAAGUCCACCUGCAAGGUCGCAAUAUACACAUGCAACAGCAAAUGGCUAUCAGACAUCAUACAAACCAAAUGUAUACAUCACCCCAGCAGCCACAACAGCCGCCGCAACAUGUCUACGAACAACAACAUCAACAUCAGCAACAACAGCAGGCAUAUUUUAUGCAACAACAUCAAGCAAUGCGGCACGCGUAUUAUCAGAAAAUGCGCGCUCCUCCCUAUCCAACGCCACAAAUGCGUUUCGCAAGACCACCGAAUGCCAUGACUAGAGAUUGGCAGAGAACAUACAUGAGUCAAUCGAUGAGUAUGAGAGCACAAAUGCCGCAUGAAGCGCGUUUCGACUCCUUUCCCACCGAAGCGGCGUUUAUUGACGACCUACUCAGCAGUAAAGUUCCGACUUAG